AUGGUUUUCUCAUGGUCUGCUCCGUGUGUGUGUCUCCAGAUCAGCGCUGAAUCUCCCAGUGACUCCCGGUUUUCCUCAGUCAUGAUCGGCUCGAUCCGCAUUAAUGUGGGAGGAUUCCGGCGCCGGCUUCUCUCCACUCGACUCUCCCGUUUCCCCGAGACCCGACUCGCUCGCUUGCUGAGCUGUCGAUCCAGGGAGUCGAUCCUCGAGCUGUGCGACGACUACGACGAGUCAGAGAGCGAGUUCUACUUUGACCGUAAUCCCACGCUCUUCCCGUACGUCCUGCACUUCUACAACACGGGAAGACUUCACGUCAUGGAGGAGCUCUGCAUCUUCUCCUUCAGUCAGGAGAUCGAGUACUGGGGCAUCGACGAGCUGUUCCUCGACUCCUGCUGCAGGAGCAGCUUCCACUGCCGGAGGAUGGAUCCGGAUCAGGACCGGGACGACGGGAGUGAAACCAGAAGCUCAACCUCAUCGUUUGACGAGAUCAUGGAGUUCUACAGCGACGCCGGGAAAUUCGACAAGCAGCUUCUAGGGAGCGUUCGCCGGAGAAUCUGGUUAAUGCUGGACAAUCCCGGAUAUUCCCUUCCCAGUCGCCUCAUCAGUGUCUUCUCCAUCCUGGUCCUGUUGGGCUCCAUCGCCAGCAUGUGCAUGAACAGCAUGAGCGAGUUCACUCGGGAAGAUCCGCGCUUCCAGACCGUGGAGAAUUUGGGAAUCGCCUGGUUCACUUUCGAGCUUCUGGCUCGACUCUCCGUGGCUCCGGAUCUCCUCCGAUUCUUCGGACACCCGCUAAACCUGAUCGAUCUGGUGUCCAUCCUACCGUUCUAUCUGACGUUAGUGAUUGAUCUGGUUGCGGAGAGCAGUCCUGCGCUGGCUAAUCUGGGAAGAGUCGCGCAGGUGCUCCGGUUGACCAGGAUCUUCCGGAUCCUGAAGCUGGCUCGCCACUCCACGGGCCUCCGGUCUCUGGGAGCCACGCUCCGGAACAGCUAUCGGGAGAUCGGGCUUCUCCUGCUGUAUCUCUCCGUCGGAGUCUCCUUCUUCUCCGUCAUGGCCUACACCCUAGAGAAGGAGGAGAACGAGGGAUUGAACACCAUCCCGGCCGGCUGGUGGUGGGCCACGGUUAGCAUGACCACUGUGGGAUACGGAGACGUCAUUCCCGGAUCCGUCGUGGGAAAGCUCACGGCGUCGGCCUGUAUAUUAGCGGGAAUACUGGUCGUGGUGCUUCCCAUCACGCUGAUAUUUAAUAAGUUUUCCCUGUUCUAUAAGAGGCAGAAGCAGCUGGAGAUCAUCAUGAGGAGCUGCGAGUUCGACCGGGGAAUGAAGGAGCCUCCGUCUGUCAGUCUGAGGAAUUAUUACGCUCAUAAAGUCAAGACGCUGAUGGCCAGUCUGUCCAACAUGAGCCGCAGUUCUCCCAGCGAUCCCAGUCUGAGCGGCUCUCUGCGCUAGCGGUGCCGUCUGCCUCACGUGUUGUACGUCUGCACGCACGGACUGAGCUCGGUCCGGUUGAUGAAUCUGGAUGUAGUGUGUACAUGACCCCUGAACAUGUGAUCAGGUUGAUGUGUGUGUUUAUAUGUCACAAGCUUAAAUCGG